AUGGAGACGGACGUUGCUCAGCGAUUCCGCUCUCGCAUCCUUCGCGAGAUGCACGCAAACCGCGAGAACCCCUUCAACUCGCCCCCCUCGUCCACCGGCUCCCACGGCACCGUAAGCCCGACCAUGACUUCAGUCUUUUCCGACCCCGAUGGCGAGUCGACUCGCAGGUUGAACGAAGACAUUGCCCGCGUCACUGGCGGCGGCAGGAAGCUCCCUGUCAACUGGGACGCUGCCCAUCGCAAGUGGCCCGAGUACUUCUCCAAACCCAAGAAGUCACCUGCCGGCAACGACACGAAGUCUCUCAAGGAAAACUACAACCCUCCCCCUUUCAAGUUUCUUCAAGAAGACUCGACGCGAGACAUUUGGGAUGGCUCCAAGCGCAAGCGCGCUGAUAUGCAGCCCCGUGCCGACGACGAAUCCGACCUCUCGAUUCUGCUCUCAAAAUCUCCUGCGGCAGCUCUCUCGCUCAACAACAAUCGCCAUCUCAGCCCCAUCUCGCGUUCCCACGCCCGCGCCCCUUCAGAGCCUGCGCCGCUCCUUCAAAGGCGGCCUUCCAUAUCCGAAGCUCUUGAACGCCUGCGCAAAGCCUCCAGCAGCCCCAAGCAGCCCGACCAAAAGCUCAUGUCAGGGGCCAACGGCUCGUCACCAAACGGCUCUUCUGCCAAAUCUAGCUUCACUGCAGUGCCCCCUUCGCCCAAUUCCAUCGCUAGUCCCGAUCCUGGUGCCAAUGCCCGCUCAUUCUUUAUGCCCGAUGUCUCCCACCUUGGUGACUUUGUUACUGGCACCCUUCGCUUCAGUGGCUCUAUGAAAAAUGGCGUUCCUAUAUUUGUCAAGCAGGGCAGAGUUCAUGACAAGCAAGAAAGCCCCGCCGCUGCUGCACACGUUGCUGUCGACUCAGUCAAGGUCCCUCAGGAUGAAGAAAGAAUCUUUGUAUCCAUGGAUAUGAUCCGUGACGAAAUUAUUUCUCUUCAAGAGCACCAUGAAAAGGUGCAAGAAUAUGCCUUGAACAUGCAACAGCAAGUCGAGAGACUCGAGGCACAAUUAAAGGAAAAGGGUCAGAACUCGGACAAAAGCCGCGACCGCGAACAUGCUUCUGAGUCUAAUUCUCGGCUUCGAUCCGAAAUUGCCACUCUUCAGGUCCGUCUCGACCAAGCCACGCGCAAGAUUAGCACCAGCGAAAUCGCCAACGACUCCAUCACACAUGAGAAGGAGCGUGUGCUCACUAGGCUGCAGGAGGCAUGCGACGACAUCAACAAGCUAACCCGCAAGCUUACGGUCAAGGAAAAAGCACUAGAGACUUCUCAGAAGCAGCUGGACUCAUCUGAGCAAGUUCGACAGGAAAACGACACUCUGCGCCGCGAUCUCGUCGCCAUCACACACAGUCGCGACGCACUUGAACUAGAGAAUUCGUCUCUGCGCGGCGACAAUGACAAGCUUGAGAGUGGGCUGCGGUCGCUGCAGUCAGAAAUGCAUAGGUUGCGCUCUGAAAAUGACCGCCUACGCCAGCAACAACAAUCUUUACUCGCCGAGAACAAGUCUCUGCGCUCCAGCAGGGCGCAGUUGGAGCAACACGAUGUUCUCAAUGAGGACCUUGAUGAGGUGCAGCACGAGCUGGAUGCAGCUCGUGAGGAGCUUGAAGCACUUCGCAAGCGCAAUGAGGAGCUUGCUUCUCUGCGAGAGGACAACCAGAGCCUAGUACGACACAACGAAAAAUAUUUCAACGACAACAAGAUGCUCAGACGCGAGAACUCUGGCUUUGAGCGCAGUAUUCAUGACCUACAUGAGGAGAACAUCAAGCUCAAGGAGGAAGUUGUCUUCCUCAAGGAGCAGAUUGAUCAUUACCGCCCGGCUCCCAAGGCAAAUAUUGAGACUGAAAAUACUACCGCCGGGAUCCCUGUGCCCGAUAUCACGAUCGAUACAAACGUCUCUGGUCCUGAUGGGCCUACUGAGACCAGGGAUCUGCCAGAUCCCCUAGAAAUGACUGGUCAAAGUCAAAACGUCAUGGAUGCUGAAUACACGGACUCUGUUAUGAACACAAACCAGAACGUAGACACAUUUCAAAAGAGGGGCCAAACCGUCAACGAGCAGGCGCAAAAGGUGGCCUUCUCUAUCCCUGCCAAGCCUGGGGUGCUGAAGACUACUGCCAACCAAGGAAGCAAACGACGAUCUACGUCGCGCCAGGCACCAAAAGCCCAUUUCGAGAACUAUAGCGACUACGACGAGACUUCAGGCGCCCUGUCUUUGGAUAUGGGGGCCACUCAAGACCAGGUAGUCGAGCUGAGCGUUCCUGUGCAGGGAAUAUUCAAGCCUACUGGCAACCGCGAACAGACGCCUCAUCCUCGCAGAACAAAAAGUGUUCAGCACACCAUGGAGACGGACAUUACGACCGGAACAAACAAGAGCAUUCACCAAAGCACCGGCUGUGCUCUAUCCCGCGACGCGAAGCGUGUGCUGAAUGACCUCUGUGUACACAGCUGCAGCAGCUGCAUUGUUUGCGCCCGCAUUACCUCACACCGCAGCACGUCUGCCGAGCUCGUCGUGGGGAAGAAGCGCGUCACUGUGCCUCGCCCUGUUCCUGUGACGGACCGCGAUCUCUCCGUGGAAGACCCAACCAUGCGUCCGGCGCAGUCUCCCGGCCACGCUCUGGCUCUCGUUAUAAAGGGCCUGGAGGAUGAGUCGCGCCAUCUGCAGUUUGAGCUCUCGCAGCUGCAGACAAAGUACAGCAACCAGGAUAAGGCAAUUGGCAAGAGGGACCGUGUGGCGCUCGCCGAGGACAUUCGAAGUCUCCUCAAGCGCCUCGAGGUCAAGAAUGACCAAAUCUACAGCCUGUACGACGUCCUCGAGGGCCAGAAAGCGGCGGGUCAGGCCAUGUCGGAGGAGGAGCUCGAGAUGACUGUCCUUAACAUUACUGGCAUGUCCAUUCGCGACGUCACCGACCAGUUCACCUGGGAAGGCAUCCAUUGA